AUGAUGCGAUCUCUGCUAUUACUCGGCCUUCUCGGCGCGUCGUUGCCCGCGCACGCCCACCCCACGCAGCCCUACAAGGCUGGCCUCCGACGCCGGACGGUAGACCUCAACACGUACCGCCUUAAGGAGACGGCUGAGUACAGCAAUAAGGCCGCGACGAGCUCCAACAAAGCCGUGCGCCUUCUCAAGCGGGAUGCGUACGUCGACACCGCGACCGAGCUUGUCAAGAGCGUUGCCCCGGGCGCUACUUUCCGCCUAGUUGACGACCACUAUGUCGGCAACAACGGCAUUGCGCACGUCAACUUCAAACAGACCGCGCAUGGCUUGGACAUCGAUAACGCCGACUUCAACGUUAAUAUCGCCUCCGACGGUAGCGUUUUCUCAUAUGGCAACUCCUUCUUUACAGGCUCCAUUCCCGAAGAGAGCCCGCUGAACAAGCGGGAGUUCUCGGACCCUACCCAGGCUCUCACGGGAGCGACCAAGGUUCUCGAGCUGCCAGUGACCGGGGAAGCCUCCGCGGAAGCCGCCGAAGGAACCGAGACCUACACUCUCAAGGGGACUUCUGGCGCGCAGAAAGACCCUGAGGCUCGCCUGGUCUACUUUGUCAAGUCCGACGGUAACCUAGCCCUUACGUGGAGGGUAGAGACAGAUGUCCUCGACAACUGGCUAUUGUCGUAUGUUGACGCGAACACCAAUGAGGAGAUCCAUGGUGUGGUCGAUUAUGUUGCUGAGGCUACGUACCUCGUCUUCCCCUGGGGAGUGAAUGACCCUGACGUGGGCACUCGCUCGGUUGUAACGGACCCGUGGGACCUCCAGUCGUCCGAAUUCACUUGGCUGUCGGACGGAAAGACCAACUACACGACGACUCGCGGUAACAACGCUAUCGCGCAAACCAACCCCGACGGCGGCUCGGAUUACCUCAACAACUACCGCCCGUCUAGUACGUCUCUCAAGUUCGAGUACAACUGGGACGCAACUUUGACGCCGCCUUCGACCUACGCGGACGCUUCGGUCGCUCAGCUCUUCUAUACGGCGAACACGUACCAUGACCUGCUGUACGACCUCGGUUUCACGGAGGCCGCAGGCAACUUCGAGUCUAACAACAAUGGACAAGGUGGCCAGGGCAACGACUUCGUCAUUCUCAACUCCCAAGACGGCUCCGGUACCAACAAUGCCAACUUCGCCACGCCUCCGGAUGGACAGAACGGACGCAUGAGGAUGUACCUCUGGACCGAGUCAAACCCUCCAAGGGACUGUGCCUUCGAGGCUGGUGUGAUCAUCCACGAAUACACGCACGGAUUGUCUAACCGUCUGACCGGUGGCCCCGCAAACUCCAACUGCCUGAACGCGCUCGAGUCCGGCGGUAUGGGCGAGGGCUGGGGUGAUUUCUUCGCGACGGCCAUCCGCCUACAGCCUAGCGACACCCGGGAGACGGACUACAGCUUGGGCGCUUGGGUCUACAACGACCCCGCCGGCAUCCGAAACUACCUGUACUCGACCAGUCUUACCACAAACCCGUACCAGUACACGACCCUGAACACGUACAACGAGGUUCACGACAUUGGUGAAGUGUGGGCCACGAUCCUAUACGAAGUCAUGUGGAAUCUCAUCGACAAACACGGCAAGAACGACGGUCCCAAGCCCGAGUUCGAUAGCAACGGCGUCCCGACCGAUGGAAAAUACCUGGCUCUGAAGCUUGUCCUUGAUGCCAUGGCCAUCCAACCCUGCAACCCCAACUUCAUCCAGGGUCGCGAUGCCAUUAUCGACGCUGACGAGGCCUUGACGGGUGGCGAAAACGUCUGCGAGCUCUGGACUGCUUUUGCUAAGCGAGGUCUCGGCCAAGGUGCUGCAUACUCGAGCACCAGACGCACGGGAAGCAACACGAUUCCGAAUGGAGUCUGCUAG